UUUGCCCUCUUCGCUCGCAUUCUACCAUUAUUUGCGUGUGUGAUAUUAUUUUUUCCAUUUUAUUUUCGUAUAACUUUCACUUUGUGUUUGGCCUGAACUGAUCGUGGUGGUGUGAAAUUUUGGUUUGUUGUUUUCUCGAAAUUUUCCCAAAACAAGGUCAUUUUCAAGUGUUGCAAGAAUACGUGAUUAAAAAUAUCCUAUUUGCUGGAAAAUAGAACUGCAAGUGUGGUUUGGUGUUCAUCUAUUUGGAAAUUACGUAGUCUCGAGUCGUUCUGUGGUGGUUAAUGUGUCAAUAGUUACUUUAAGCCAAGUGUUAAAUUAAGCCAAGCAAAAUAAAAGAGGGCACACAAAACGACAGUAUAAUAACAAUAAAAUUGUAUUCUUUGGUGGUGCUUGUGCGAUAGAAAGAACGCCUACGAAGUUUCAUUGCAAACUCAUAAAUAUUUGAAAUAAAAAAAUCUCAACAAACAAAUCGGCAAUCAAGUGGCAAGCUAAGGUGUUCUUCGUCCAUGUGUUUUUCGCACGCAGCACCUUAAACAAGUGUAGAAAUGACGUCAAAAUAUGAACGCAUCAAAAACGAGUGCCGUGCCCGUAACAAUGCCUUGUGGGAGGAUCCAGAUUUUCCAGCCGUUCAGUCGUCAGUGUUUUACUAUCAGACUCCCCCGUUUACGUUCCAGUGGCGGCGCAUCUCCGAAAUUGCCGAUAUUAAAAACGCCUGUUUCGUCAAUGAGGCGGAGAAUUUUGAUGUGGUGCCGGGAAAAAUGGGCGAUCGCUGGCUGGUUUCGUGUUUGGGUGUUUUGCACUCUUUGCGCAAUCUCUUUUAUAGAGUUGUGCCAGCCGACCAGAGUUUGAACAAGGCCAAUGGUGUUUUUCGUUUUCGCCUCUGGUGGUGUGGUGAAUGGGUGGAAGUGUUAGUGGACGAUCGAUUGCCCACAAUCAAUGGCCGCUUGGCUUUUUUACAGCCCCAAAGCUCAAAUUGUUAUUGGGCCUCGUUGUUGGAGAAGGCAAUCGCCAAAUUGCAUGGUUCUUAUGAGGCCCUCAAGUACGGCACUCGCUCCGAUGGCCUCAGUGAUCUGCUGGGCGGAGUAGUGGAGUGCAUACCCAUCAAAGCCAACAGUACAUCGGAAUUGAUACGCCCGCAACAGCUUAAGACACAUUUGGAUACGACAUGCAUUAUAACGUGUAUAGCAGCCACAAGUGCAGCAGUGGCUCAGCAUAAAAACACUCCUGAGCGUUUGCCAAAUGGCAUAACACUUAAUGUUAACUACAGGCUAUGUUCCCUGGAUAAAGUGGAAACUUUGCUGGGUGACGCAGUUCAAUUGGUGCGUAUCAAGGAUCCCCUCAAAUGCAAUGCUUUCGCAAACAAUAACGAUUUUGAAGGCGAUUGGUCUGCUUUGUCAUCGACAUGGGAACGUGUUUCGGUGCAAGAACGUGAUCGAUUAUUUGGACAGCUAGAUGUUGGCGAAUUUUGGAUGUCAUUCUUCGAUUUCACGCAAACAUUUUCCAGCUUAGAAGUUAUCUACUUAGAUGCCGACACUGCAAAAGAUGAGCUAUCACUGCAGGAUCGACCAAAGAGAUGGCAAAUGAAAAUGUUCCAGGGACAAUGGAAACGUGGCGUUACGGCUGGCGGUUGCCGUAACCAUGAAUCGUUUCACAUCAACCCACAGCUGCUGCUUAACAUACCGGAAAAACAGGAAAUUGUGGUGGCGCUUAAUCAGCACACGGCCGUUGAGCCAAAAGUCAUUGGAUUUACCAUGUACAAAAUGAGUGGAAUUGCAGGUUCAAAGGUUAAUCAAAAGAUCAGCGAAAGUUUACCCAAAGAUUUUUUCAAAACCCAUGUCAGUUUCCUGAAUUCGGACUAUGGCAACACACGGCAUGUCACCUGCAAAUGUCAACUGGAAGUUGGCCAGUACGUACUGAUGCCCACGACAUACGAGCCAGGGGAGGAGUCUAGCUUUACGGUACGUAUACUUGGGACGGUGCCCCUGCGACUUUCGCUAUUGGAAACACAGACUCUUAUGUUGUUGGAUCCGUUUCCGGUGCUCAAGAAUGAAGCCGAUUCAAUCAAAAUCAAAAAUGUCUGCCAGUAUGAGCCGGUUUUCAUGCAAUUAGCCGACGAGAAUAAAACCAUAAACUGUUUCGAGCUCCAUGAACUCCUAGACGCCUGCCUUCCCAAUGACUACAUCAAGGGAUGCGCCAAUGUGGAUAUCUGCCGGCAAGUCAUUGCCCUUCAGGAUAAAACAGGCACGGGUCGCAUUAAUUUUCUGCAAUUCAAAACAUUCAUGGUCAAUCUAAAGUCGUGGCAAGGCGUUUUUAAAAUGUACACCAAAGAGAAAGCCGGUAUCCUACGCGCCGAACGUCUUAGAGACGCCCUUUACGAUGUUGGCUUCCAGUUGAGCACCGACAUUAUGAACUGCCUAAUGCAGCGUUUCAUACGCAAAGAUGGCACACUGCGACUUAGCGAUUUUGCAUCGGCUGUACUGCAUUUAACAGCAGCAUUUGACUACUUUCAACGCAAGGAUCAUAAUCAGGAUAAUGUCAUUGAGAUCGAAAUGUCCGAUUGGAUAAAAUGUGUCUUGCGUUGCUAACAAAACGCCGCUCAUACGGCGCUUGUCUUCGUAGAACUGCAGUAGUUAAAUUAAAUCUGAUGCGCUUACCAGCCGAAGGCGCAGCACACCAAAAUAGUCUAAUUUAGUGUAUAGAAAACCAUUUUUCUAAUCUUAAGGACCCAUGAUGACUUAUUUCUUUUACGAUUAUUUAAUUUCAUCUCAUCAUCCUCGAGUGUGCUAUAUUGAGCCAAUAGUAGUUUUCUUUUUUACUCUCAAACAUCAUACGAGAAUCUACGAAUCCCGAAACACCAAAAGCUAUCUUCUAAAGACCAGGACUAAAUUCCGAAAGAAACCUACUAAAUUUCUCCUAAAACGAAAUGAGUGUAAAAAAAGAUACUAUUCUUAAAUUAAGUUUAAAGUAUUUCAAAAUUAAAAUGUAUACUAUAUAUAUAUAUAUAUUUUGUUUCGUGUUGCUAUUAAAAAUAGAAUUAACAAAAAAAAAUUCUAAAAGUAAGACAAUGUGUGCUGUCUUCGAAUGUUCAUGCCCAAGUGAAAACUGAUCUGUUAUUUUGAUUAUUUUUUUGCAAUUUGUUAAUUGACGUUGAUUAUAGUAUGUAUAUACCAUUUAAAAUAGUAAAGUUUAACUACUUUAAACAAAAUUAAAAAGGACACCCUUUGAACUUAAUAAUCUAAUCGCUCCUAGAGCUUAUUAGGUCAAGUCAAGGGAUUUGUUCGUCUGGGGUCUAAAUCAUCACAUGAUGGAUAGUGAUAAUAACAAUUUAACUGAAAAUGCUGACUGGAUUUGUCUUGUAUUUAUAUUGCUAAGGCUUUAAUUUAUAACGAUUUAAUUGGCAACCAUUUUUUAUAUAGGUAACAGAAUUGGAAGUGUCACAAUCAUGAGCGUACCGAAGAGGCUCAGGAAUGAGGCCUGAAUCCGAGGGUGGUCCACUAGCUCUACAGGAGCGUAAUUAGACCAAAUAGUUUGGUGGACUGCGAUUUAGAAAAAGUGCAAUGUAUAGAUAAUACAACAGGUUCAGAGAACAUGUUGUUGUUUCAGCAGUGUGUAACACACUGAGGCAGCAGCCCUUGCUGAUGAAGAACUACAUCGAGUCAAUACGGUACGUACAACCGGCUGCCAUGGGAUUGGAGAACAUGUUGUCUUGGCAUAGGCGGAGCGAUGAGGACCACGCCCACUAGGGCACUGGAGACUAUUCUAGAUAUCCGGCCCAGACAUACAGAUUAAGUGUGAGGCAGCCACUGCGGCUAUGAGACUUAAGGCGAUGGAAGAGUGGAUAGGGGAUAAGAGCAGGUCAUACCAUAGUGGCAUAAUCGAGGCGACUAUAGGAAACCUGGAAGGACUGAAAUAUGUUUUCGAUCAGAUACCUGAGACCACACUUGAUGCGAUCACGGUCUUGGGCUAAGUCGACGGACGCUAGGACGACGAAGGUCCUAUGGGGAGAUUCAGAUUGUGAGAAGACAAGGCUAUUACUGAAAGUAAGCAGGCAAUACCUUUCGGUAUCAUAACAGGACACAUAGGAAUACGAGCCCACUUAUGCAAAAUCGGUGCGGCAAGUGAUGGCAUGUUGGGAAGAUGAUGAGACAUUUGUUUUCUACACCGGCGCUUAGUUGGGGACACAACAAUAGACAUGAACCAACUUUGGGGCCUGGUAUGGAGAACAAUUAGGGAUUUUGCAAGUAGCACGGAAUUCCUGACUUAGGUUUUAUUUUUCGAGGUUACUUUUUUAGUAAUUGGAGCGCACAACAAGCCAAUGACUGGCUUAGGUGUAUGUCCAUAGUGUCAUGGGGCGGAUUAAUAUCCACACCCUCUUUUCAAACUAACUUAACCUAACAGAUCACAGUGAUACCAGUGAUACGUUAGAGCAAGUAGUUGAAAGAUGAAAAAACAUUCGCACGCAAUUAUCUACGUUUUCUCCUUUCUUGUGCUACUACAAUAGUUUGCUUGUUUUCCACUUACGACGGACUACUUAGUUUUUGUUAUUGUAACCACAUUUGAAUGAUGUGGUAGCGAUCCUCGUUAAGCUCGUAUAGGUGAGAAAGUUCGUUCCGUUGCAUAGGAACGGUGGGCGUGUUAUACUGUUAGGCGAAACGGCAGGGUAUAAGGGGCGUAACUUACUACGUUGCGGGCAAUCCCAAGUCCGCCUGUCCUAUGUACUAUAUUCACCCUGCGGAAUUUUCAUGUGCAUGUACAUGCCUAGGAGGUACAUCUUUAUUGACGCCGGUUUGCGCAGAGAGGGAGUUCGGGGUUGAGACAUCACGCCUUUUCCUGGAACUUCUGUAUACAUGGAUGAGUCAAAGUUGGAAGAAGGCACCGUGGCAGCAGUCUUCAUUGGGGUUUUAGGAAUUAAGGUUCGAUAUCUUAAAUCUUCUGAAGCCGAUUGGCGAUGCAGAAGCAGCUACCCGAUUGGAGUACCGCGAUAUAUGUCGCGACAAAGAGCUUCUUCGAGUCAUGGGAAAGGAUAUCAGGCUAUGCUGAGUUCCGGGCCAGUAUGGGAUCGCUAAUGUGUACUGACCAUGCUGCUGAAUUAGUGAAGUCACCUCAACCUAGUCGAGGUCUCAACCAAGUCAGUUCUCGUGGCUAUUGACUAAUCCAAGGCUCUCGAUAACGACAUCCACACGUCCCACCAGCCGAGACUGAAAUAAUGGAUCUUAUACGUUGCGAAGCAACUUAGGGUAAAACAGGAUGUUCCCUGAAGGUGAUGAGAUAUCUCUGGCACUUAUAAAUCACCACUUAUCAACCGCCAACUCCUAAUGGACGAUCGUAUCAGACGAGCGACCCGCUGUGGAGUUCGUUGCAAAUGAGAAGAGGAAGAUGUUAACUGCUUCAUUUCAAUUCACUUUUUCAUAGAGAGAUCUCCAGAGACGUAAUGUUCGAUCUUCAUAAUCUGGAGCGAGAGGUUCGGCACUAUAAAAAGAGGAACAAACUCAGAAAGCGUAGCCGUUAACCUCUCACUAUCGCCCAUCGUCUAGGAUUGAUGCCAAUAAGUUAGAUUUAACCAUAUCACGCACCGAAACUAUUUAUCCCAUCAAAUACAGAAUUCCUAGGCAAAAGAACAAUGGAUAAAGACAACACACUGUCUCGGUAUGAUUCCUGCUCAGCCACCCCAACCGACCCUGUAUAUUGCCCCACUCUUCUGUAAGUUAUUCAAUCGAAUUCAUGUUUGGCAAAUUAUCCUUCCGUAUACACUACGGCCGUAAGUGAAGCAUUAAAAUAGAUAUAUGUAUUUAUUUGAUUAUUUGAAAAUCUGUCAAAUAAACCUAUUCCAAAUCAAAAUUAAGUUUUAUGAAUACUGGUGUUACUGUUUAUAACUUCCUUUAUAGAUGACUGUUUCCUGUAAAAAAAUAUUGGAAAUCUAAAUCGGGUUUAGUACCAUAAACCCAAAUAUGGAAAUAUUUGUGUUAAAUUUCGACCGGCUAGCUUUACUCGCUUGGGUGGCAGCGAUCUUUUGGCAGACAGACGUAAGGGCACAGCUAAAUCGGCUUAGAAACGUUAUGAAAAGAAUAUAUGUAUAUGCGUUUUAGGGUCUCAGAAUAAAUAUGUUUCCACAAUAAAAUUCAGAGCAACAAUAAGAAAGCAUUGGUAGAAACAAACUACUCGACAAACAAAAACUAAAUAAAAGUCCAUUAUUUAUGGUCAAAAUACAAAAAAAAAUAUUUAAA